UUCUCAGUUAACAAUUUUCACACUAUUUAUAGUACUAUAUGUUCUCUUUCACAGCAAAGUCGUGGGAAUGUUGACGCAAAUCUUAAGAGUGGAUUUUGUGAAAAGUGGUGAUAAUUGCAACACACCAAUGUGAAGGAGUUUGAGCUCAUCUGCAGACAAAUUGGAAGUCAUAGGCAUCUGAUGUGAAGGACGAAAUCUCUAGUAGAAUCACAAGGAUUUAUCGAAGUCGAAUCUCAAUGAUAAGCUUCAUGUUUAUGGAAUCAUGGAACUUCAAUCAUAUCUUCUGAUUUAUUAAAUCAUUACUAAAAGGAAUGUUUGUAUUUGAUUAAUACCAUUCUUAACGAUAAGUUUAUUGACAACAAAACGUAACUUUGGUACGCUUUUUCUCUCGUUAAGUUGAGAGUUGGAAUUACUAUGGAAUGUGGAAAUCAUUAUUGAUCAUCUAAAAAUAAAAUACGAUUCCUAAAGAUUUGAAACUUUUUUUUAAAGCGAGAUUUGAACCUUUCUUGUUCAUUUGGUUAAUCAUGUUGUGCAGCAAAACUUCCCAUCCAUACACCAAAAAGUGCAAAAUCUACACAAACGACUUUGUGGUCAAACGGAAUUCACACAUUAUCUAAAACCACCGGCGGACUUCCAAAACCUCUGUUAUUCCAUGGCGGUGCCGCUCUUCAAUCUCUCUCCCGAUUUGGUUGUCUCAAGACUCUGCCUAGGGACCAUGACGUUCGGCGAACAGAACUCUCUGCCCCAGUCCUUCCAGCUCCUCGACAAAGCCUUCCAAUCCGGAAUCAAUUUCUUCGACUCCGCCGAAAUGUAUCCCGUGCCGCAGCGUGCCGAGACUCAAGGCAGGAGCGAGGAAUAUCUCGGACGUUGGAUUCGGUCUCGUAAUAUCCCGCGAGAUCGUGUAGUGCUUGCUACGAAGGUUUGUGGGCCAUCAGGGCAAAUGACUUGGAUACGAAAUGGACCAGAAAGUAUUGAUUCCCGGAAUAUAGCCGAGGCACUUGACAAUAGUUUGCUGCGCCUGCAAAGUGAUUACAUUGACUUGUAUCAACUUCAUUGGCCGGACCGCUAUGUUCCUAUGUUUGGAGAAACCGAGUUUGAUUCUCACCGGACCUUUCCCUCUGUUAGUUUUGAGGAACAACUUAUCGCUCUGGACAAAGCUAUUUGUUCUGGUAAGAUAAGAUACAUUGGACUAAGUAAUGAAACGCCGUAUGGUCUCAUGAAGUUCCUUCAUGUUGCUGAAGGUGUCUCUUCCAAUGCUAGAGUAGUCUCUGUGCAGAAUGCUUAUAACCUUCUCUGCCGAAAUUUUGAUUCUGGAAUGGCCGAAUGCUGUCACCAUGAGAGGGUAAGCUUACUGGCGUAUAGCCCUUUGGCAAUGGGAAUUCUUUCUGGGAAAUAUCUCUCACUUGAUGGAGGUCCAAGUGAUGCUCGUUUGAAUCUUUUCAAAGGGAGGUAUGCUGAAGGGGAGUCGAGAUACAACCUGUCAGAUGGUAUCAUUGGAAAAGCAGCCGGGUUAUAUUAUUCCAUUGCAAAGAAGUAUGAUGUUCAUCCUGUAUCACUUGCUAUAGCUUUUGUUUUGAGACACCCUCUUGUGGCCAGUGCUGUUUUUGGAGCCACAAAGCUGUGGCAGCUCCAAGAGGUGCUUGAUGGUUGCAGAGUCGAGCUUACUCCAGAUAUAGUUGCAGAAAUUAACGAGGUGCAUUCAGCAUUUCCCAACCCCUGUCCCUAGAAAAAGUGUUGGGAAGAGUUCAGAUUAACGCUCUAACAGAGUAGUCUCUCAUGCUUAGAAGAGUGAAGGGAAUGUCUAAAUGCUUUCGUAUAACCGGAAAACAAGGCUGCUUAGUUAACCAAUUCAUUCGCAGCCUCUUCCCUCUUCGCCGUUGCUCGUGUUUGUGCGAUGCAAAUUAUUAGCCCAUUUGGUUACAUAACUGCUUAUAUUGGGGAAAAAAUAUUAUUCUUGAUAUAGCAGGUGUUUGAAGGCUGUUAGUGUAUACAUUCAUUCGUACGAUGUCUUGGUCAUGAUAAUAUUAUGAAAUGAAUUAUGCUAUUCUGAA